CCUGUCAACCAAGACAAACUUGAAGUAUCAAAGAUAUUAUUUGGAACGGCAUCAUUCGGUGGACUUUAUGAUGAAGUUGGAAAAUGUUCACCUUUUGAAGCUGUAUCGAGAGCUCUUGAACUAGGAAUAAACGCAUUCGAUACAAGUCCUUAUUAUGGAGAUAGCGAAAAAGUUCUUGGCUCAGUUCUCUCAUCGCUCAAUGAUAAAUAUCCACGUUCACACUAUUAUAUUAUUACAAAAGUUGGAAGAUAUGGACCAACUAAAAAAGACUUUGACUACUCUCCGAAGCGUGUUCGUGAAAGUGUUGAAGAAAGUUGUAGACGACUGAGAACUGAUUAUCUUGAUGUCGUGUACACUCAUGAUGUUGAGUUUGUGGAUAUUGAAAAGGUCGUUGGUGAUGAUGGGGCUUUGAUGGAAUUGUUCAAGUUAAAGUCCUAUUCUCAUUACUGUCUUCAAAAUACACUUCUCUCAACUUACGUUCCAAAGUUCAAAAAUCUUGGUGUAAAAUAUUUAAUGAACGCUUCUCCUUUAUGCAUGGCCCUAUUGACUGAAACUGCACCACCAGGAUGGCACCCAGCACCCGCCGAAUUAAGAACAGUUAUUCCUAAAUGUGUAUCAUACGCAAAAGAGAAUGGACUUAAUAUUCAUAAGUUGGCCGUACAGUUUUCAUUGGAAUGGGAUGGUGCAGAUGGUACUGUUAUUGGACUGUUGAAUAGGAAGCAGGUCGAAGAAGCCGUUUCGUGGUUUAAUGAAGUUAUGGAUAGAAAAAAUGGUGAAAAAAACGUCGAUAAUAUGGAGAUGAUUAUCGUUCAGGAGAUUCAGAGAAUGAUGGGAGGUUGGCUAAAUUGGAGUUGGGAAUCUCCAGCAACUGAAACCA